GAGAAGAAGAAGGCUCUCCAUUUCUCUCUCUUCCCUCUCCUCCGUCUCUCAACCCACUACUUUCCAAAAACCCUAACGAUAAAUAACCACACGCGACUUCUCCGAUUCAUCUCCCCCCGCCUGCGAUUCUUAAACCCUAAUUUCCAUGAACCUUGCGUAGAUCUUGGAGCGAGGAUCCCCGGUUGCAAUGGCGGCCGAGCUAGGGCAGCAGACGGUGGAGUUCUCGGCUCUCGUGAGCCGGGCGGCGGAGGAAUCGUUCCUCUCGCUCCAGGAGCUCGUGGAUAAAUCCAAGUCCGGCGACCAGUCCGACACGGAGAAGAAGAUCAGCCUCUUGAAGUACUUGGUCAAGACGCAGCAGCGGAUGCUCCGGCUCAAUGUCCUUGCGAAGUGGUGCAAGCAGGUUCCACUGAUACAGUACUGUCAGCAGCUCUCAUCAACCCUAUCAAGUCAUGAUACAUGUUUCACUCAAGCGGCAGAUUCAUUGUUUUUCAUGCAUGAAGGGCUCCAGCAAGCCCGUGCUCCUGCAUAUGAUGUUCCCUCUGCAGUUCAGGUUCUUCUCACAGGAAAUUACCAGCGGCUACCAAAAUGUAUAGAGGAUGUUGGUGCUCAAGGAGCUUUAACUGAAGAAGAGCAAAAACCUGUUCUAAAGAAGCUGGACACACUUGUUCGGACUAAGUUACUUGAACUUUCAAUUCCCAAGGAAAUAUCUGAAGUCAAAGUUUCUGAUGGUACAGUGUUGCUUUGUGUGGAUGGGGAGUUUAAGGUUUUAGUCACUCUUGGCUACCGGGGGCACCUAACAAUGUGGAGGAUAUUGCACUUGGAGCUUCUUGUCGGUGAGAAAAGUGGACUAAUAAAAUUGGAAGAAUCACGAAAGCAUGUUCUUGGUGAUGAUUUAGAGAGACGGAUGUCAGCGGCAGAAAAUCCAUUUUUUACGUUAUAUUCGGUUCUACAUGAGCUUUGUGUUGCCCUCGUCAUGGACACGGUCAUAAGACAAGUCCAGAUGCUUCGACAGGGAAGAUGGAAAGAUGCAAUUCGCUUUGACCUCAUAUCUGAUGGCGGUCUGACUCAUACUGGAUCUUCAAAUUCGCAAAUAAAUCAAGACGGGGAAGUUGAUUCAGCUAGCUUGCGCACGCCAGGAUUGAAAAUAAUGUAUUGGUUAGAUAUCAUUAAGGGCGCUGGUACACCCGAAUUAUGCCCUUAUGUAAAGAUUGAACCUGGGCCUGAUCUACAGAUUAAAUGUCUUCAUGGAACUUUUGUCAUAGAUCCUUUUACCGGCAAAGAAGCAGAAUUUUCUCUUGAUCAGAGUUGCAUCAACGUUGAAAAGUUGCUGCUAAGAGCUAUAUGUUGUAAUAGAUAUACUCGUCUGCUUGAAAUUCAGAAGGACUUGGCUAAAAAUGGUCAGAUCUGUCGAGCUGCAGGUGAUGUUAAUCUUCUCUCUCACACGGACGAGCUUGAUGUUGACUUUCAGAAGAAGAAUAUGGAAUACGAGGGGCAUGAAGUGUUGCACGUGCGUGCCUAUGGCUCGGCAUUUUUCACUCUUGGGAUUAACAUAAGGAAUGGUCGAUUUCUUCUCCGUUCUACUCAAAAUAUUCUUUCACCUUCUGCAUUGUCAGAAUGUGAAGAAGCUCUAAAUCAGGGAAGCAUAAAUUCUGCUGAAGUUUUUAUGAGCUUAAGAAGUAAAAGUAUAUUGCACUUGUUUGCAUCAAUUUCGAGAUUCUUAGGCCUUGAGGUUUAUGAAAAUAACACUGCUGCAGUAAAAAUUCCCAGGAGCAUUGCUAAUGACUCAGCUAUGUUGUUGUUGGGGUUUCCAGACUGUGGGAGCUCCUACUUUUUGUUGAUGCAGCUUGAUAAUGAUUUCAAACCCCUGUUUAAAUUGAUAGAGACCCAACCAGAUACAUCUGGAAGAAUUCAUUCUCUUGGUGACUCAAACCGUGCAACCUGUGUUAAGAAAAUUGACAUUGAUCAGAUGCAGAUACUUGAAGAUGACUUCAAUUUUAGUUUUAUUGACAAAGAAAAACUACAAUCCUUCUUGCCUAGCGCUGGAGGUCCUAACCAGAAUUUGGAAGGAGGUCUUCUUUCUGAAUUGUUCCUUGAAGGUUCCAUGCAAAUGGCAGGUUGUCCGCCAUCGAGUUUCUCAUCUGUGGUUGACGAAGUGUUUGACCUAGAGAAGGGGAAUUCUAUACCUCCUUUGUCCAUUCAAAACUUCCCUUCAUCAUUCAGUACAUCUGCUUCUCUGUAUGGUUCUGUUCCGAUGAAUCUUCAUAACGUCAAAGCGGGAACCCCUUCUCCUAAGUGGGAGGGAGGUGCCCUGCUAUCACAAGUAAACAAUAGUUCGAGAUUGUUGCACAGUGGCUCGUUGUACUCAUCAGGCAAUGUCAGAGGCUCCGUGCAAUCGAGUUCCUUGAGUUCUUUAUCUUCUGCCUCUAGUAGGAGCACAAACAUGAAGAGAUUGUCUGCUUCAAAGUCUGAUCAGGACUUGGCUUCUCUUAGAUCGCCAGGUUCAGUUGAGGUAGCUUCUUAUACAACAAUAGAUGACGAUCAGAUGAGGUUGCUUAAAGAUCCUGCAAAAGACGCGUUAUCUGCAAGGUCGUCUCAAUUGUUGUCUCCACCACGACCGACUGGCACUUUGGUUCCUGGACCAAGCAGAAAGUUUACUGGACCUAAAAGUGGAACUCAUGGAUCUGUUGGUGGAUCUGUGAAAGUUUCUGCACCAAAUUUAUGGGUUACAACUCCCGUAUCUCCAGCAGCAGAUUCAGCUGUCCAUACCACAUGUCAAGAGGUUAUUCCUAAGCAUGAGAAGAAAUCACGCAAACGCACAGUUUCUGAUAUGUUAAACUUGAUUCCGUCUCUGCAAGGUCUGGAAGCUGAUGUUAAGUCUUGCAAGAGAGGAAGAUUCUUAGAAGUAGCUUCCAGUCAAGAGCCUUCCUCCGAAGUAGUUAAUCUGACGGAAACAAUUUCUAGAAGCUGUGGGUACAGCUAUGGAAACCUUAUAGCAGAAGCCAACACAGGGAAUGCACCAUCCAGCAUUUAUGUCUCUGCUCUGCUUCAUGUAGUCAGGCAUUGUUCACUAAGCAUCAAGCAUGCCAGACUAACUAGCCAAAUGGAAGCCCUGGAUAUUCCUUAUGUUGAAGAAGUGGGUUUGCGAAACGCUUCCUCCAAGAUAUGGUUCCGACUUCCAUUUGCCAGAGGCGAUUCCUGGCAACAAAUAUGCCUGCGGCUUGGUGGACCUGGAAGUAUGUAUUGGGAUGUUAAGAUAAAUGACCAGCACUUCAGAGAUUUAUGGGAACUUCAAAAGGGGAGUACUACCACCCCAUGGGGCUCUGGUGUUCGUAUAGCCAAUACAUCUGAUGUUGAUUCCCAUAUACGAUAUGACCCGGAAGGCGUUGUUCUUAGCUAUCAAUCUGUCGAAGCUGAUAGUAUCAAAAAGUUGGUGGCAGAUAUUCGAAGACUCUCCAACGCCAGAAUGUUUGCUCUUGGAAUGCGGAAAUUGCUUGGCGUGAAAUCGGAUGACAGACACGAUGAAGGUCCCGCGAAUUCCGAUGGUAAAGCUCCUGCUGGAGCCAAAUAUGUUGCAGAGACAGUCGAUAAGUUUGCAGAGCAGAUGAGAAGGGUGUUCAGAAUAGAGGCGGUUGGGUUAAUGAGCUUAUGGUUUAGUUUUGGUUCUGGUGUUCUCGCUCGCUUUGUUGUUGAGUGGGAAUCAGGGAAUGAGGGUUGUACCAUGCAUGUUUCUCCUGACCAACUUUGGCCCCAUACAAAGUUUCUCGAAGACUUCAUUAAUGGAGCUGAAGUUGCAUCCUUGUUGGAUUGCAUUCGUCUAACUGCUGGACCCUUGCAUUCUCUUGCGGCUGCCACUCGACCUGCACGAGCUACACCAGUUUCUGGAAUGCCAGGAGUAACAGCAGCUCUUUCCUCUGUGACAAAACAGACAGGAUUUGUUCCAUCACAUGGUUUACUGUCGAGCACUUCAGCCACCAAUGUUGGUCAGGGUACCUCUACCCAUGCAGGGAAUCCCACUCUGCCUUCUGCUACAGGCCCUCCUGGGAGUCAUAACCUUCAGGGAGCUGCAAUGUCAGCUACUGCAGUGCGUGGUGGUCCUGGUAUUGUUCCGAGCUCGUUACUGCCCAUUGAUGUCUCUGUUGUACUGCGGGGACCCUAUUGGAUAAGGAUCAUCUAUCGCAAACAUUUUGCGGUUGACAUGCGCUGCUUUGCUGGAGAUCAAGUAUGGUUGCAGCCAGCAACGCCUCCUAAAGGGGGCCCAUCAGUUGGGGGAUCGUUACCCUGUCCACAAUUUCGACCGUUCAUCAUGGAGCAUGUUGCCCAAGAAUUGAAUGGUUUAGAACCUAAUCUAGGCGGAAGCCAACAGACCAUUGGACUAGCAAAUCCAACCAUCGCAAACUCAGGUUCCAAUACACAGCUUUCUGCUGCUAAUGGCAAUAGAGCUAGUCUUAGUUCCACCUCCAUUUCCAGGGGAGGAAGCCAAGUUGCUCCCGGGAAUCGUUUGGGAAAUGCUCAGGCAGGAUCUUCAAAUUUGGGAGCGUCCAGUCCUGGAUUGCCAGUACGAAGAUCCCCUGGCACAGGUGUCCCAGCUCAUGUGAGAGGGGAAUUGAAUACAGCUAUAAUUGGAUUAGGCGAUGAUGGGGGCUAUGGAGGUGGAUGGGUACCACUUGUUGCUCUCAAGAAGGUUUUGAGAGGAAUUCUCAAGUACCUCGGGGUGCUAUGGCUAUUUGCUCAGUUACCAGAUCUUCUGAAAGAGAUUCUCGGUUCAAUUUUGAAUAACAAUGAGGGUGCACUCCUGAAUCUUGACCAGGAACAACCUGCUUUGCGCUUUUUUGUGGGGGGGUAUGUAUUUGCUGUAAGCGUACACAGAGUUCAACUUCUUCUGCAAGUCCUCAGUGUGAAGCGCUUUCAUCAACAGCAGCAGCAACAACAGCAGCAGCAAAAUUCAUCAACUACUCAAGAGGAACUAACUCAAUCUGAAAUCGGGGAGAUCUGUGACUACUUCAGCCGUCGAGUAGCUUCAGAGCCUUACGAUGCUUCUCGCGUUGCAUCAUUUAUUACUCUCCUGACAUUGCCCAUAUCAGUAUUGAGGGAGUUCUUGAAAUUAAUAGCAUGGAAGAAAGGGUUAUCCCAGGCACAAGGCGGAGAUAUAGCACCUGCACAAAAGCCCCGCAUCGAACUGUGCCUCGAGAACCACACAGGCCUCAACAUGGGUGAAAAUGCGGGCCACUCUUCCGUAUGCAAGAGCAACAUUCAUUACGACAGGCCUCGAAAUUCAGUUGACUUUGGGUUGACCGUUGUUCUUGAUCCUGCCCACAUCCCUCACAUCAAUGCUGCCGGCGGGGCCGCUUGGCUUCCCUAUUGUGUCUCUGUGAGACUCAGGUACUCCUUUGGUGAGAGCUCGCACGUCUCUUUUCUUGGUAUGGAAGGGAGCCACGGGGGAAGGGCUUGCUGGUUGCAAAAGGAUGACUGGGAGAAAUGCAAACAGAAAGUUGCUCAGACUGUCGAAUCUUGUUCGGCGGGUGAUUCUACUCAAGGCAGGCUGAGAUUAGUUGCGGACCGCGUGCAGAGAGCUUUGCACUUGUGCCUCCAGGGAUUAAGGGAUAGUAGUGGGGCUGGAGGCUCUGGUGUGAUAUAACUCUGCUAU